AUGGACUGUGUCCAAGGGAGUGUCACAGGUUUUCACCUUCUACAAGUGGUGCUCAGUACGACUGUGGUUCCUUCGUGUGCCCCUGGAGAAUCUGGGGACGACUGUGCAGCCCCAGCUCAGGUGAGAAACGUUCCACGUGUGGCUCAGGUGUCGAGAAUGAAGUGCAGCCCUGACAUGAAUGGCUACUGUUUGCACGGAGAGUGCGUCUACCUGGUGGACAUGAGACAAGAACACUGCAGGUGUGACUCGGGUUAUGCUGGCACCCGGUGUGAGCACUUCUUUUUAACCGUCCAACAGCCUUUGAGCAAAGAAUAUGUGGCUCUGACUGUGAUUCUUAUCAUCGUCUUUCUUCUCUUAGUCGCUGGCUCCAUAUACAUCUGGAGGUGGUGCAGAAAUCGAAAAAGUGAAAAAUCAAGGAAGGAAUAUGAAAGGGUGACCUCAGGGGACCUGACGCUGCCACAAGUCUGAAUGCUGACACCACGCUCGUGGGCCAGGCUGUGUGGCACGCCUGUUGGUGUUAAUAUUCCUAUUUUAUUAAUAAUAUUUAUGUUUGGACAUGUGCUGUUGACAAUGGCAUAUUUUUAGGAUACUUAGAAACAUUUUUACUUUUGUUUUAUUUUUGACAUACUACUUGUAUACUGUGCACAAACAAAUAUAGAAAGAAAAUUGAUAUAUAUUUUUUCCUGGGCUAAAUGCUUCAUUGAAAGCUCCAAAGCUUCUUUGCCUGCUGCACAUAACUUGCUCAGGAAGUAUUGGCAAGUGACAGAUUUCUGUAAGCCUAAAUGCAUGGUCAAAUCAAUUUAAUAAAUAUAUUUUUCUACUCCUCAAAGCAAUGAUCAUUGGUCUGAUGAUGCCAUCAUCUGAUGUAUAGGUUGGCACCACUGUUCAUGUGUUGAAGCAUCUGAUACAAUGGGAAUUGGGGGGAAGCAAAUGUGAGUCAUGUGCUAUACGUUACCCAUUUGAAACAAACUAAACUGGGAGAGCUCCACUCCCUCCUGGCCCGUCCUCAGCUAUAACCCUGUUUACCCGCCUAGAGGGGAAGUGGACAAUUCUCUAUUGCAACCCACAGUUCCUGUGGGUCCUAGUCACCCAUCUAACAGAUUCUCCUUAAGUGAAAUGAACUGAGAGCUUAAUUUCAUAUUAUCUUUUAUAAUAGUAGUUAUAAUAGUAGUUAUUUUAUAGCUUCACAAUACUCCUCUUUGUACAGCAUUUAUGUGAGGUAACUGUUGCCUAUGAGAUAAUUAUAAAGAAGUCCAUACUAAAAGGCAAAAUUUGUGCUUCUUUUUAAUUUAUUUUCAUUGGAACUUUGCUGAAGAAUUUUAAGAUUAACUCACAGUCCAAAGUUUGAUGGACUAAUCAUUAUUUUAAGGCAUAAGACAAUAGUCAUAUAUAUAUUGUCCAAAGACAUAAAUGCAGUUAUUUUCUACAUAAUAUAUUUUAAAUUUGAAAAAUAUAGUAAGUUGCUUUUUGUAGAAUUUAAAAUUGCACAUUUAAGAUUAUAUCUUGAUGCUGUGGGAAAAAUAAGAAAAAGUAAGUCAUGAUAUAUUUUAUAAAAUGAACAAACUUAUUUGAAAGCUUUUCCAAUUUAGACUUAAUCAUUCAUUCUUAUUGUGGAGGCUGAGAUGAAACAGGCCCUAUUUUUUUGUCCUUUGUUUAUUUUUUGUUAGAGACUGAAGUUUCUCCUGUGCUCUGGGCCUAUGGUCUCAGUGAGUUGAUAAGGGUACGUGGGCAACUGCAUAAGGAGCCACAGCUGCCAGCAGCAUUGGAUCUCAUGGGAGACUGUCUCACUGACACUAGACCUUUGGGUAGAGUCUCUCAGGAUUGCAUAGGACUAUACCCUGGCCUAUGGGUAUAGGGACGGUCUGUCCUUUCUCUACUCUUUAUCCUGACAUAUGCAAGGGCGACCAAGA